UCCGACUCAGCGGUUGUGUACUGACAAAACCCUAUCUUAUAUCCCAGAUUUCAGUUAGGACCCUGUAUGUUACAACAUUUUCGCACGAAUAGCUAUUCUUUUUACGUGGACCGUGGAUCGGAGUGACAACCAACCCAUUGUUCGAUUCAUCUCAGUUUCAAUCGGAUAUGUAUUCCAGAAGGGACUGCGACUCUUUAAGAGCCCGUUCGUUAGCAACCUCAACCUCCACCGAGUCUUCAACCCCCCCAACCCCCCAAAUGUCUGAGUCAUCCACAGAAAUUCUAGACCUUUACGACCUCGCCCUCCUGUUCAACUACGAACGCGGGUCCUCUGAACCCCGUUAUCGUCAUACCAAGCUACGCGAAGUAGUCAGAGACAAUGAAAGCUUUCAAACGGUCCGACUCUUGAAUACCACCUGGUCUACUAGACACUCCCCCAAAGUCGCUUUUGCAUUCGAUACCAUCCGUCCCCCAAAAAACAAACUCAACGAACCAGACCUCCCAACCAACAUCCUACCCACCCCAAUACCCCCUAACCUCGCACACCUCUCCUCAAAAGAGCUGGAAACCAUCUACUGGCAAGCUCGUAACCACGACGCUUGCUACAAAUCCGUCACGCUCAUACAGCAUUUCUUCGACUACUACCCUCUCGAAACUAGGGUUCGUAUUCGCACUUCCGCGGGUACAAACUACACCACCACCAUUUCCAGUCGCGACAUCAUCGAAUUCAAACUCCACAGACCCAAGCUCGCAACCAACGCAUGUGUGCUACCCUCCGGGACGGGCCAUUUCACCGGAAUGGAAGACGUCAUGGACCAUGCAGUCCUGGGGUUCGGGGACACCAUCCUAGAUCUCACCUCGAUGCAAUUCGGCGACGAGGGAAGGGGUCUGGGAGGGAAGAGCGUUUUCGUUUUGGAAUCUCGGGAAAAGUACUAUGAGCGAUUGAAGAAGUUUGCGGAAUACGCGGACAUUGAGAAUGCGAAGCAUUCGUUUUAUAUAUUUCCUCCUGAAGAUCCUGGUGUCAAUGAGUGGCUUUUGGAUGUUGCAAGGAGAGUGAAAGAGAGAUGGGAUAGACGUGCGACGGAACAUUGGUGUGGUCAUUGCGGUGCACCGGCCGUGAUGAUGAGAUGCUCCUUAUGCAAGGACGCAUACUAUUGUGAUAAAGAACAUCAAGCAGCUGCAUGGCCAUUCCACAAGAAAUUCUGCAGCGGAAAGAAAUAAUACAGCCGAUCGACCUUGUGUGUCGGACAAGACGAUAAAUACCUGACAAAACUUCAUCAUAGUCGGUCAAGAGGUCUCAGAUAUUACACAGAACGGCAACAGCUUGCAGAUUAGGGCAUGACAUCAAUGUGAG